GCCGAGCACACGCUGUCAUGUCGCUACGCAGAAUGAUAUAAGAUACGUUCGUAUUUGUGGAAUACUGUUCUUGAAUUUUAGUGUUGUGUAACUCUAGUGUUGUGCUCAUUCAUCGAUAACUAUCGAGUAAAGUUGAGUGCUCUAAAUGAUCAAGAUGAAAAGGAUUUGUCAUCUCAUCUUUCGGCUGCUGUUCUUACUGGACGGUGGCGUGUGGUCCCUCCGUAAUCUGUCGAUAUCAGUCCCGCGUGCGGUCCUCUCAGGGGAGGGCCAGGCGGCGGUCCUUCGGUGUUCAUAUGACCUCGAAGGCGCCGCUCUAUACUCCAUCAGGUGGUACAGAGCGGAGACAGAAUUCUAUCGAUAUGUGCCACGGGAAAUGCCUCCAACCAUGGUAUUUCCCUUGCCAGGUGCUUCUGUCGAUCUAGCCCAGUCAGACCACCAGCAGGUCCGAAUAGUGAACCUAAAUCGGCGGCUAAGCGGCGACUACCAGUGCGAGGUGUCUGCAGACGCGCCGCUGUUUCACACAGACAUACGGUCGGCCCCACUUACUGUUGUUGACCCCCCAUUCCGGGCCCCUCGUCUGUCGGUGACACAGAGGAACUACGCGCGUGGUGACGUCAUCAAGGCUAACUGCUCCGUGGACGAGUCCUAUCCAGCUUCUAAUAUAACCUGGAUUCUGGAUGAUCAUAAGAUAGCAGAAACCAUGUCCUGGCGGACUUCAGACCUAGAUUUCAAGGAGCGAGGGGCGUUCAGUCACCUGGAGCUUACAAUACUAGAAACGGGACACUACAAAGUGGGCCUGACCUACACCAGCGCCAGCCUGAAUAGGAUUUAUCAGGAUCAUUACGUGUAUGGAAGGGAGGAGACGGAUGAUUUGAACGUUGUGAGGUACACCAUGGUGCCACCAGAGAGCGGUCAGUUCAGCCUUGGAUGCGUUGCGACGAUCUUUGACAUCUACGCGAGGCAGAGCGAGGCUGCCUACAUCAAGGAAGACACUCCUCACCCAGCCUCUGUCACUGGUGAAGAUUCUUCAGGCGUCGUCCCGAGCUUCAGCAUCACUCUCACGUCCAUUUGUGUAGCCAGUGUGCUCCUACACGCGUUAUGAUUACAUGUCUCCAGCAUAGCUCAUAAUACUGAAUGUUGUGAUAGAUAUUAAAUAAAGUAGCGCUACGUUUCCGUAUGUAUGACGAUCCAGGUGAACGCAGACAGGCUCAGCGAAACAAAAUUUAAAUUCUGACCCGCGUUCUAGAAUGUAAUUCGUUCUCGUUUAUUAUGGUGAGAUAGACAGAGAUAGCGAUAUGGAACAAUGACGUCACAGCUUACAGCAGAAGAAGAAAAUUCUAGAACAUUCACGAGACAUGUUUGUCUUUUUCAUCGAGAAAA